AUGCGGAAUAGUGGUCAAGAACCUUGGGAAGCCGCGGAAUUGUUUUCACAAAAUGCUACAGUAUCCCAGAAACUGCUAAUGAUACUGCAAGCGAUCACAAAAACCUCAGCUAUGAUGAUCGGUGAAGUUGAUGCGGACAAUGUGUUGGAACGAAAAGAAUGGAUACCGAAUUUGCUUCUGUUAGCAUUUGAAAUAAGCACAGUCAUUCUACUAAUGAAUUUAAUGAUAUCAUUGGCAGUUGGUGAUGUAAAUGAGCUUCGUCAAACAGCUCAGGAAAAAUUGCUUGACAUUAAAGUAAAUUUUGCAAUCGAAUCAUUGCAAUUAUCUGAAUCAUGUGAUUGCUUAUCAGCUUAUACAAAUAUGCUUCAUCGUAAACAAACUAAUAAUGUGCUUGUAAUCCAUAAUGAUGGUACCACAUUUACCACAUGGAUGAAUGUUAAAUUCGAUGAUGCAAAUAAUUUCGAUAUUUCCAAACAAAAUGCUUCCCAACGAGGACAUAUGGAGGAAAUGACAUUCAAGAAUUCAGAUAGGAUACCAUUGAAAAAUAUUAUGGUUAAUUAUAACAAUGAUAAAUUUGACAAGGGUAACGAGAACGGAAGUCAAAUAAAUGGAAGGAAUAUGCAAGAAUUACAUAACAUAUAUCAUCUUCAAUUUCCAUCUGAUGGUCGACGAAUGCGUUUGUUGAAAAAAGGAAUGGUUGGUCGAACGGUACAGAUUACAUUGGAUGGUGCAGUAAUAGAGCUUAUCGAAAGCAUCGAGUCCGGAAUUGAGCCUUUUGAAGGUACCGUAAAUGGUCAAUCGUGUACCGAAAUUGAUGAUGAUCCUGAAAGUUAUGCGAGGAAAUUUGCACGAUGGCUUAUUGGUUUAGACUGGUCAAAUUUGCUACAAUUAUAA